AUGGCGUUGCCCCUCGCCCACUCCACGCUGCUGAUGGACCAGCCGCGACUGACAGGGCUACCGGGGCCCCAACAGCUGCGAAUUCCCACCCCACAGGACCUGGAGCGCAUGCGUCGUAUGCGGCAGCAGCAGCGCCAGCGCCAACAGCAAGCUCCUCUGCGCCGGGUGCCACCGCGGCAGCCGCAGCACCACACGGUGCCGCCGCAAAAGCAGGACCAGCUGCAGCAACAGCAGCAGCAGCAGCAGCAGCAGCAGCAGCAGCAGCAGCAGGUGCUACUGCUGUACGAGCUGGGCCUGCGCGCUGCCGACUUCCAGCGCCUCACCGAGUCGCGGCCCGAAAUUUUUCAGAUGGGUAUUGUGACCAUGCGGCGCAAGCUCAAAUAUUUCCAAGACACCAUUGGCCUCAGCAAUUCGGAGCUCACCAAAGUGAUUGCCAAGUUCCCGCGCAUUCUGGAGUACAAAUCUGAGCGCACCAUCCGGCCGCGCCUGGAGUUCCUGCGGCGGUGUGGCGUGGAGCAGGAUGAUUUGGCCAAGGUGUUUAUGCGCGCCCCCAUGGCAAUGGAGCUGAGGGUGAAAGACACUCUGGAGCCACGGGCGGCCUUCCUGCGGGAUGUGCUGUGCCUGUCGUCGGGAGCGCUGGGCAAGCUGAUUGUGCGCCACCCACAGGUGCUGACUUGCACCGAGGAGAUGAUGCGGCUGCGGGUGGACUUUUUGCUGCGGCAGGGCCUGAGCCAGGAGGAGGUUGGCAGGGCGGUGUUGGCGCACCCGCAGGUGUUGCACUACAAGAUCGACAGCAUGCAGGAGCGCUUAGCCUACCUACAGUCGAUCGGGUUGGACCAGGCGCAGGUGGCAGCGUGCAUCUUUCGCUUCCCCCAGCUCUUCUCGCUCAACGUGGAGGCCAACCUGGCGCCCAAGUGGCGCUACCUAGUAGACUACAUACGGGCCCCCGUAGACGGCGUGGCCACCCUGUGCUCCUAUCCCGCCUACUUCAGCUUAUCGCUGACCAACCGGGUGGUGCCCAGGCACCGCUACUUCCUGCAUGUCCACUCACAGCGGCAGCCACGUGGUGGCAGCAACAGCGCUGCAAGUGGCACCCAGCCUGCAUUCCCAAUGAGCGCCCUUAAAUGCAGCGACACACAGUUUGCCAAGCUUUGCGGCACGCCCCUGGAGGAGUAUGAGGCCUUCAAGGCGCAGCUGUUUGGCGACGGUGCGGCUGGCGGCGACACACACCCAACCUGA